AUGUUGCCAACAACGAGCGAUUUAGAUGACUUUUUCAACAGUUUCCCUACACCGGUUCAGCUUGUGGAGAAGGAACGAAUUACCUUUUGCAAUAUUUUAGAUGAUAUUCCUGCAGAGAAGAAACCAACAAGUCCUCCGAAGAGAGACAAGGACAUGGCAACCUUUAUUCAGGAUAUCUAUGAAGACAUCAUCAUGAAGACGAAUUUGGUUGAGACUGAAGAAUUUGAGAAUGAUCAAAAUAGAGUGUCUUUGAGAAGAAGAAAACUUGCCUUGUCUAAAAAAAGUGGAAUUUCACAAUAUGGAGACAUUGAUAAUUUGGAAAUAUUCUUGUUUGGUGUUGAUGAGAGUCAAAAAGACAAAGUUUGUAAGAUUAUUGGAGAUACAGAUAUUAAGAAAUCUUCUGGCUCCUUGGACAUUAAGAGUUGCAAGACAAUUCAUAGUGUGAUGAAGAAGUGUGAAAAAUGUCGAUUGAUUUUAUGGAUUUGUACGAAAGAUAACAAGGAAAUAUUGCAGUUAUUGGUUUGUACAAAGGUUUAUCCAGUUACCAAUGAAAAGCUUGAUCCCUCUGAAUCCAGAAAGAAAGUAAAGCGCAAUAGUCAACCAGGAGAAGCUUCAUCUUCUGGAAUAGACGCAGCCAGUACUGAUUUGGUGUCUCAACUUGACCUUGCUUUUGCAAAUAAUUCAAACACUAAUAGCUUGCAAUCAGCAAGCACAACCAUUCAAAAUAAUCCUAUUCCACAUGAAAAUAGUCAACCUCUUUCUCAGCCAAAGGUAGUAUAUAAAUCCCGCCCAGCUGAACUUGCCCAAAUGUCUCAAGAAGAUCUCAUAGCCAAAAUUAUUCGAUUGGAAGGCAUAAUAGAAGACAGAGACAAUACCGUUGCUUCUACCCAUCAACAUUACAAUGUUAAAAUUUCUGAAAUGGCUCUUGCUCACUUUAACAAUAUCCAAGAACUGUUCCAACAGAUCAAUCGUCUUAAUAAGGAAAAUUGCGAUCUCAAAUGUACUUUGAAUCCACAAGAUACAAUUGCACACAAGCAACUUUACAUUGAACAAUUCGAAGAUGCAAAAGAAGUGGUCAAUCACCAAGAAAAUUUAGAUUUGUUUGAUGGUGAAACUUCUGAUGACGUUUAUAAUAACCUUUUCAACUAG